CCCCGCCCAUAGCAAUAUGGAGGAAGAAGGUAGGAAUGCUUUGGUGGUCGACGAGCUUUUGGCUGUUACUCCACCUGAUUCUAUAGGUUCUGGGUUUGUUUCUAUGAGAGGAGCGCCUGUAACACCGGGCUUUGAAUCUGCACAUUCAGACUAUGAAGAUGGAAGAGGUCCUAGUCCAGUUGAUACCAAUAGUUUCCACACUGCUAGCAGCAUUGACGGCUCCAAUGAACAUCUUGACAUUGUUCCUCUAAGUUCAAAUGAAGUCUCACCCUCUCCUCCUCCUCUACCUCCCCCUGAGUCACGCGUAUACAAUUUGCCGUCUGGUUUUGAGUCUCAGCCAAAGCUUGAGCUUAAUGAAGAGUCUAUCAGACCAACAGAAAAGGAGCCGUUGCCAGAUGACAGCAUUUUUGAGAGGUUAAGUAGAGCCAGAGAUUCUACUUCAUAUGAGCAGCACAGACGAAGACCGUCUAUUGAUGUACCUAACGAGACCACACCCCUCGUUACUCAAAACUCUUACAGGUCAAGCAAUGAAGAGGACGUCAACACAUCUUGCUGUGUGGUAAUUUAAAAUAAACGAAAAUAUUAUUAUUAUUAUUAUUAUUAUUAUUAUUAUUAUUAUUAUUAUCUCUUAUUCUUUUUUUGUUUUAAUAACGGCUACAUGUUUAAUCACUGUAUCGUCAAUAAUUAUAAAAAUUUAUUAUUAAAUGUUUACAUGUACUUGUAUAAUAAUUGCUUGUUAUUAUAAUUAUUUUAAAAAUUUUGUGACGAAAUAAAAUCACUGCUAUAUUUGAAUAAAAGUAUUAUUCUUUAAAUCACA